AUCGCAUACCCCUCGGUCUUCUUCCUGCUUUCAAAGGGGCGAAAAAAACAAAGAGAAACCAAAAUCCCGAUCUUACCCUUCCUUUCUUUCCAUGUUAUAAAAUUUCUCCUGGUUUUGCCCCUCGUCGGAGAAUGGAUCGUCCAGGAUCCGACGGCGCCUGUUACUAUUCCGUCCUCGGGAUCCGCAAGAACGCAUCCGUUGUCGAAGUCCGCAGCGCUUUUCGGAAGCUCGCGAUGAAAUGGCAUCCGGAUAGAUGGACGAGAGAUCCGACGGUGGCUGGAGAAGCGAAGCGGCGAUUCCAGCAAAUUCAAGAAGCUUAUUCUGUUCUGUCAGACGAGGGGAAGCGAGCAAUGUACGACGCGGGGUUGUAUGAUCCAUUCGAAGAAGAGGAUGAGGGAUUUUCUGAUUUUAUGCAAGAAAUGCUCUCGAUGAUGGACAAUGUGCGGGCCGAGAAGGACAGCUUCGAGGACCUUCAAAAAAUGUUUAUGGAGAUGGUGGGUGGAGACGAAGCGCUGAAAUUCGGGGACGGCGUUGACGGGAAGAAGCGUCGAGUGGCGUCCGACUCGUCGAGAAGGGCAGGAGGGAGCGCCCCGAAACGCGGCACGUCGCAUGUCAACAUCUCGAGUUUCGGCAGCACGACGUUUGAUCGAUAGCUUCAACUUGUUCUCUCAUGCAUUGUUUCUUUCCUUGGAUUUCAAUAUCAAAGGGGAAAAAGAAGUAGGGAUAUUUCAAAUAAGUGCAGUGGGUAUGCAAUUGGGGCUUAUUUUUUGAAAGGCUACUGGUCCAUUUUCUAUGGCAAUAGACGCUCUAACUUUCACCGGA